UUGCAGGGAGUUCAGAAUUUCAAUACAUCAUUAAUUAUUAUUGUUUGUUCUGGUGAGUUUUUUGAGCCUUAUUUUCUGAUAACUUUUAGUAUUUCUAGUUUCUUUAUACAGAAGCAAUUACACACCUCUCUCUGAUCAGGAUGACUACCACUCUCCAGACACUUUGUAUUUCCAUGGUCCAGCUCUGCAUAAUCAUUGUGAGAUGGAGCAUCUGGUGUUCCACGAAAUAGUCACAAGAUUGCCGUCCACAGGGAUGGAUUUCACGGAAGCCUACUCCGAUCGAUGUUCUGCUGUGGGGCUUGCAGCCAGAGAAGGAAAUGUUAAAAUGCUGAGGAAACUACUUAAGCAGAGAUACAGCAUCGAUGUUCCAGAUAACAGGGGGUGGGUGCCAAUCCACGAAGCAGCAGCUCACAAUUCGAGUGAAUGUCUGAGGCUGCUGGUUCGUGCAGCUCCAUCUGAUGGCUACAUAAACUCAAAGACAUUUGAAGGGAUGUGUGCGCUGCACCUUUCGGCACGCCAUGGAUCUUUGGAAUGCGUUCGUAUUCUUCUGGAAGCUGGGGCUGACCCCAAUGGAGUUACCACCGAAGCAACCACCCCACUGUUCCUAGCUGUUGAAAAUGGACAUGCAGACAUUGUAAAGUUUCUGCUCCAACAUGGAGCAAAUGUUCAAGGAUCUCAUUCUUGGUCUGGAUGGAAUUCUUUGCACCUAGCUUCUUUUCAGGGAUGCCCUGAGAUAAUGAAAAUACUCCUGGAGAAAGGAGCAAGCAAGGAAUGUAAGGAUGACUUUGGAAUUACACCUUUGUUUGUUGCUGCUCAGUAUGGAAAGCUGGAGAGUUUAAGACUGCUUGUAUCCCAUGGUGCAGACAUAAACUGUCAAGCCAAGGACAGAGCCACUCCCCUGCUGAUUGCCGCACAGGAGGGCCACACCGAAUGCGUGGAACUCCUGUUAUCAAAAGGGGCAGAUGCAAAUCUCUACUGCAACCAGGAUAACUGGCAGUUACCUAUUCAUGCAGCAGCUGAAAUGGGCCAUAAAAAGAUAUUAGAGUUGCUAAUACCAAUUACUGAUCGAAUUUGUGACAGAGGCAAAGGCAAAGUGAGCCCUGUGUAUUCAGCAGUAUAUGGUGGUAACAAAGAAUGUUUGGAAAUGUUACUUAAAGAAGGCUACAGUCCAGAUGCUCAAGAGUGCCUUAACUUCAACUGCAGAUCUCCCAUGUGUAUGGCCUUCCAAAAAGAGUUUUUUUAUUUCAUUGAUAUUCUCCUGAAAUACGGGAUCACCUUACUUGGGAUUAAUUUGGGAUAUUGCCUGAUCCAUGAAAAGUUUACUUUGUUUAAACGCUUUUUGAAGCUGGGCUGUUCACUGCCUUCUGGGGACCAGUUGCUGGAGUUCGUAAGUUACACACUAAAAGUGCAUAAGGAGUACAAGAAAUGGCUGCCUUAUCUGCUCUUGGCUGGUUUUAAUCCAGUGAAUUUAAUGCACAGAUUCUGGAUUUUCUCUGUGAGCGAGAAUGCCCUUAAUUUCAUCCUGGAGUUCACAAACUGGAAGAGACUUCCUCCAGCUGUAGAGCAAGACCUUUCUGACUACAAAGAGAAGUUCAAUGGGACUCCCAAGAGCCAUUUUGCCCUCAUUCCUUGCCUGUCUCAUCUCUGUCGCCUUGAGAUCCGGUCCAUUUUAACGAGUGAACGCCUGCGAUCGGACCGGUUUAUCCGCAAAUUGCCAUUGCCAACUUGUCUCCAGGACUACCUUCUCUACUUAGAUGUACUGCGAGCCAGUGCUAUCCCAGAAGUGGAGGGUUAUCUGGGGCAGAGAGAGGAGGGAGCUCCCUCUACCAGUCACUCCAGCGCUGAAGAUGCAGAGAGGAGGGAGUGCCUGUAACACUAGGUGAUGGCACUGCCA